AGAAAGCUAGAAAAGCAGGAGGCUGGGAGCUGAAAAAGAGAGGAUGAGUAAUCCUAAUGACAUCAGGAACCCAAAGAUGGCAUGCUGCCAGGCUGUACUGUCAGUAAUGGCCAGAACUGUGCUGGGGCUCUGAACCUACAGCACAUCUUAUCCUGUCCCAUGAGAAUCUGAGCUCAAGAUCCAGCAUGCCCUUGUAAGUGGAAGUCCUACUACCUCAAGCCAUGGAGUCCUCUUUCUCAUUUGGAGUGAUCCUUGCUGUCCUGACCGUCCUCAUCAUUGCUGUUAAUGGACUAGUAGUCGUGGCUAUGCUGCUAUCAAUCUACAAAAAUGAUGGUGUUGGUCUUUGCUUCACCUUGAAUCUGGCUGUGGCUGAUACCUUGAUUGGCGUGGCUAUCUCUGGUCUAGUUACAGACCAGCUCUCCAGCUCUGCUCAGUACACACAGAAGACCAUGUGUAGCCUUCGGAUGGCAUUUGUCACUUCUUCUGCAGCGGCCUCUGUCCUCACGGUCAUGCUGAUUGCCUUUGACAGAUACCUUGCCAUUAAGCAGCCCCUCCGUUACUUCCAGAUCAUGAACGGGCUUGUGGCUGGGGCGUGCAUUGCCGGACUGUGGUUGGUAUCUUACCUUAUCGGCUUCCUCCCACUCGGAGUCUCCAUAUUCCAGCAGACCACCUACCAUGGGCCCUGCAGCUUUUUUGCCGUGUUUCACCCAAGGUUUGUGCUGACCCUCUCCUGCGCUGGCUUCUUCCCAGCUGUGCUCCUCUUUGUUUUCUUCUACUGUGACAUGCUCAAGAUUGCCUCUGUGCACAGCCAGCAGAUCCGAAAGAUGGAACAUGCAGGAGCCAUGGCUGGCGCUUACCGGCCCACACGGCCAGUCAAUGACUUCAAGGCUGUCCGUACUGUGUCUAUUCUCAUUGGGAGCUUCACUCUGUCCUGGUCUCCUUUUCUUAUCACUGGUAUUGUGCAGGUGGCCUGCCAUAACUGCUGCCUCUACCAAGUGCUGGAAAAGUACCUGUGGCUCCUCGGAGUUGGCAACUCCCUGCUCAACCCACUCAUCUAUGCCUAUUGGCAGAGGGAGGUUCGGCAGCAGCUCUACCACAUGGCCCUGGGAGUGAAGAAGCGCUUCACUUCAAUCCUCCUCCUUCUCUCAGCCAAGAAGGGUGGUCCAGAGAGGAACAGAGAAAGCUCCUAUCACAUCGUCACUAUCAGCCACCCAGAGCUCGAUGGCUAAGAUGCUUCAGGAUUUCUCUCAAGAACAUGAAAUCACAUCCCCUUCUGUAUAAUGUGUUUUGAGUGUUUUGCCAUUGGUAAAGGCAGGUUGCCCUGACCUGCCAACACUCUUGCAUCAGUCCAUCUCUAGGAGUUGACCAGCCAGAAUUGCCCCGGGGAUAUCUUCUCCCUAGAUGAAGUUGUAACUGACUCAAAGGAGAAUUAAAGUCAUGAGAUUGAUUUCUUUCUCAGCAAGGUUCGUCUGGCCAAACUGAAUGGAGACCAUUGAAAUGAGCAAGCACAAGAGAUCCUCCAAGGACACACACAGAAUAAGAGGAACCAAGAUGUCAACAGCUGGGUGAUAAGAACAGCAAUGUACUCCAGGACAGACCCAAACUCUUUGACUAUCAUCAGUCACUCACAACUGUGUGAUAACUGCAGUAUCUUCCUUGUCAUCCUUCAAAGGCUGCUGAGAAGUCUGGAAUCCACUUCGUUUUCCAUGAAUCCUCCUUUGCUGUUUCUUCAAAUUUACAAACUCAGUGGUAGUACCUAUAAAUGUUAACUGCCAUUCAUUAAUUGUAUAUCUGUCCACCUGUCUAUCCCACAAAUAUUUAAGAGUUAGGUGCUACAAAACUGUAUCUUUGCUGGGGUUUCUUUUAGAGGUGCACACUGACAUAUGAAACAUAUUUAUUAACGCUUUUGUAUUAUUAAAACUACUUUUCCUCAUUUUAGAAAUAUUUGAAAAUACAUAAAAUCAUUCAGGUGCUUAUAAUUAUACCCUCUAGAGAUGGCCACUUUCAUUCUCCAUCUUUUUUUCCACUUUAUAUUAUAUCGUGUGUAUUUUCCUAUGUCACUGUGUCUUCUUCAAAAGCAUAACAUAAUGGCUCUUUGUGUGUUUUCAACAAAUGAAUAUGUAGUAUUUUAACCACUUGCUAUAUUUGUGUUCAAAUUCAGUAUUUUUCAUUGUUAAAUCAGUAUAAAUAGCCUGUGCAUAAAUCUCUGAUGUGCCUCUGUUCAAUUACUUAAGGAUACAGUCUCCAAAGCAGCAUUACUAAACCAACAAGCAUUAAGCCUAGAUAAGAAUUU